AAAAAGCAAAACAAAACCCAGGCACCAAUCGCCCAGGACAUUUUUUUUCACCCUUUCUGAAAGCAAACAAACAAACCAACAGCCAUCAAAACAGUCACCACCGCCACCGUCAGCGCUGAACCCGGCGGCGGCCCCCGUCAGCCUGCGGCCGCGGAGUGCGCCCGGAGGGAUGGUGCCCGCGGAGCGGCUGCUGGUCGCUGGCCCCCUUCUCCACGCGUGCUGAGCGGGAUUUUUGGGCUCUCUGGGGUUCGGGCUGGCAGCAGCUUCAUGACUACGCGGAGCAGGACAGCGGCCACACCAUGCGAGCACAAAUUGAAGUGAUACCAUGCAAAAUUUGUGGCGAUAAAUCCUCCGGGAUCCACUACGGAGUCAUCACGUGUGAAGGCUGUAAGGGGUUCUUUAGGAGGAGCCAGCAGAACAAUGCCUCCUAUUCCUGCCCUAGGCAGAGAAACUGUUUGAUUGACAGGACCAACCGAAACCGUUGCCAACACUGCAGACUGCAGAAGUGUCUUGCCCUAGGAAUGUCAAGAGAUGCUGUGAAGUUUGGAAGGAUGUCCAAGAAACAAAGGGACAGCCUGUAUGCGGAGGUGCAGAAGCACCAGCAGCGGCUGCAGGAGCAGCGGCAGCAGCAGAGCGGGGAGGCAGAGGCCCUUGCCAGGGUCUACAGCAGCAGCAUCAGCAAUGGUCUGAGCAACCUGAGCAGUGAGACCAGCGGCGCUUACACCAACGGGCACGUCAUCGAUCUGCCCAAGUCCGAGGGGUACUACAGCGUGGAUUCGGGCCAGCCGUCCCCUGAUCAGUCAGGACUUGACAUGACUGGGAUUAAACAGAUAAAGCAAGAACCCAUCUAUGACCUCACCUCGGUACCCAACUUGUUUACCUAUAGCUCUUUCAACAAUGGGCAGUUAGCACCAGGCAUAACCAUGAGUGAAAUUGACCGAAUUGCACAGAACAUCAUUAAGUCCCAUUUGGAGACGUGUCAGUACACCAUGGAAGAGCUGCACCAGCUGGCCUGGCAGACCCACACCUACGAAGAAAUCAAAGCGUACCAGAGCAAGUCCAGGGAAGCGCUGUGGCAGCAGUGUGCGAUCCAAAUCACCCACGCCAUCCAGUACGUGGUGGAGUUCGCCAAGCGGAUCACAGGCUUCAUGGAGCUCUGUCAGAAUGACCAGAUUCUACUUCUGAAGUCAGGUUGCUUGGAAGUGGUUUUGGUGAGAAUGUGUCGUGCCUUCAAUCCGUUAAACAACACUGUUCUGUUUGAAGGAAAAUAUGGAGGAAUGCAGAUGUUCAAAGCCUUAGGUUCUGAUGACCUAGUGAAUGAAGCAUUUGACUUUGCAAAGAAUUUGUGUUCUUUGCAGCUGACGGAGGAGGAGAUUGCUUUGUUCUCGUCUGCUGUUCUGAUAUCUCCAGACCGAGCCUGGCUGAUAGAACCAAGGAAGGUCCAGAAGCUUCAGGAAAAAAUUUAUUUUGCACUUCAACACGUGAUUCAGAAGAAUCACCUGGAUGAUGAGACAUUGGCAAAGCUAAUAGCCAAGAUACCGACCAUCACAGCCGUGUGCAACUUGCAUGGGGAGAAGCUGCAGGUAUUUAAGCAGUCUCAUCCAGACAUAGUGAAUACACUGUUUCCUCCGUUAUACAAGGAGCUCUUUAAUCCUGACUGUGCCGCUGUGUGCAAAUGAAGGGGACCAGAGAACUGUCUCAUAGUCAUGGAAUGCGUCACCAUGAAGACAAAAGCAAUGUGUUCAUGGAGACUUAAGAAAAAUGUCACUACUGCAACAUUAGGAAUGUCCUGCACUUAAUAGAAUUAUUUUUCACCGCUACAGUUUGAAGAAUGUAAAUAUGCACCUGAGUGGGGCUCUUUUGUUUGUUUGUUUUUGAAAUGACCAUAAAUAUACAAAUAUAGGACA